AUGGCGGCCUCAAGCACCUCAAUCACCUGGCUCGUGACUGGAGCCUCACGCGGCAUCGGCCUCGAGAUUGUCCGCCAGCUCCUCACAUCCCCAGCCAACCUCGUCAUCGCCGCAUGCCGCAAUCCCUCCGGCGCAAGCGGCCUCGCCGCGUUGAAAGACAGCGCAGACGCGAAGGGCGCGCUGCACACCAUGAAGCUCGACCUCGACGACUUCGUCGGCGUCCGCGCGGCGGCGAAGGACAUCGCCGCUAUCCUGGGCGACAACGGCCUCGACUACCUCGUCAACAACGCGGGCAUCAUGGCGACGGACACCGCGUUCACGAUGGACCCGGAGGAGCUCCUGCGCACUAUGCGCACGAACGUGGCGGGGCCCGCGCUCCUCUCGCAGGUGUGCCUGCCCUUCCUCGAGAAGGGCCGCCGUAAGGCGAUUCUGUACCUGUCGAGCACCGCGGGCAGCAUCGGCUCGAUCGAGCGCGUCGGUGCGAAGGCUGCGACGUACUCUGUUAGCAAAGCUGCGCUAAACAUGGUCGUGGAAAAGCAGAAGGUGGAGCGUCCGGACCUCACUGUGAUCGCAAUGUGUCCCGGCUGGGUGAAGACAGAUAUGGGGGGAGAGGCGGCGCCGCUUCAGGCGAGCGACAGCGUGCGCGGUCUCCUCGAGGUUUUCUCGUCCUCGACAACGGAGGAUAGCGGAAAGUUCUUGCGGUUUAACGGCGAAGUGAUUCCUUGGUAG